AUGCACACUCUCUCGCUUGUUCUGUAUGCUCUUUGUCCUAUCGCGCUCGCAGCCAGCUCUGGCUGUGGAAGCAGCCUAUCGUCGGGGCUCACGCCAGGCAAAUCUACCACCAAUGUGACUCUGUCCUCGAAAUCCGUCAUUGGCAAAACAACCGAGCGUCAAUACAUUAUCCACCUGCCAUCAUCGUUCGAUGUCGCAAACAAGAAAGCUUCACCGCUGGUAAUUGCUUUUCAUGGUCAGCAGCAGCCAGCCAGGAGCAUGGAAGUGAUCAGCGAGUUGUCAAAUCCGGCUUUCAAUCCGAAUACCAUUGUGGUCUAUCCAGAGGGCAUGAAUGUUCAGCCCCCCGGUGUGCAAUGGCUUGGAGACCCGCUGGCUCCUACAUCUUCGGUGAUUGACGACAGAAUCUUUGUUGAUGAACUCCUUUCACAUCUCACAUCCACGCUCUGCAUCGAUGAAAGCCGUAUAUACGCCGCUGGUCUUUCUAACGGUGGUGGACUGACUGGACUUUUGAUGUGCGACCCAAAGCUCAAUAAACGAUUUGCGGCCUUUGCAACAGUGGCAGGCGCAUUUUAUCCGGACGCAAGUCUUACGGAGCCUCUAUUUCAGGGAGGAUGUCUUCCUAACCUGCAGGGACGAGCACUUCCCUACAUGAAUCUGCAUGGGCUGAACGAUAGCGUGGUUGCAUACGAUGGCAACAACAAUCCACCACCAGCUUCUAUCCCGGUUCUGAACUGGGUUGAGGAUUGGGCGAAGCAUGAUAAUUGCUUGAGCAACCCUUCAGCUGUGAACAUAGCCAGCGACAAGGUUACAGAGCGACGAUGGCAGUGCAAUGGUGUCAAAGAUGUUGUUGUUCACAGGAGUAUCCAGGGAUUUGGUCACGGAUGGCCCAGUCGCAAGGCCCAAGGUGAACCAUUCGACACACUGAGGAACGGACCUACUACAUGGGACGCUACGCCGUUCAUUCUGGAGUGGUUCGCCAAAUGGAAGUUAUAG